AUGUCCACCUUGUCCGCCGGCGUCGUUGGCGUCCGUCAUCCGGGAUCUACCAGCGAUAGCCCCGUUUACGACGUUCCUUUUGGUACCGUUCAACUUGCUUCUUCCAGUAAGGAUGCUUCCGGCAACUUUGAUCUUGCCUCGGGAUUUUCUGCCCCGGCCGACUAUGACAAUCAAGACGAGGAGGACGACGAGGAGGGAGACGAUGACGAUGGUGACUCGGAGGAUGGCGGAAAGGGAAAGGGAAAGAAGGGAAAGCGCGCACGUUCUGAAGCUAAGGGCGAGCGCGACAUCAAGACCGGUCGUCGCAAGAUCAAGAUCGAGUUUAUCGAAGACGACGCUCGCAGGCACAUCACUUUCAGCAAGCGUAAGGCCGGUAUCAUGAAGAAGGCGUACGAGCUGGCUACGCUUACGGGCACACAAGUGCUCCUGCUCGUCGUGUCUCAGACUGGACUCGUGUACACAUUCACAACGCCCAAGUUGCAGGCACUCGUCACUCAGGCUGAGGGACGCAACCUCAUCCAGGCUUGUCUCAAUGCUCCCGAUCCUCCCAACGGCGGCGGUGACAGCGGGCAGGAGGACCACUCAGCCGAUGAAGGCAGUGAUGUCGACGAUGGGUUUUCUCCCUCUGAAUCGCAGGCCAGCUCCAACAAGCGCGCGGUGCAAAACAGGAAACGUCCUCGCACUGCGUCCACCAGCAAGUCGUCAAGCACGCCCGCAUCGGCUGCCAGUGGUGGAGCUACAGCAGCAGCUGGCAUCGGCGGUGGUGUUGGUGGCGAGGAUGAGGGUGCCUCGGGUUCGCAACUCGGUACGGCCAAACGCGGUCGUGGUCGACCUCGCAAGAACACGGCCGGUACGGGAACAGCAUCUUCCGGCGGCUCGGCGGCGGCCGACGCAUCGCACCCGCCCAUGCCUCCCCCGCCUGCCAUGCACCAGAGCUUCAGUGAUGACGCAGUGCAGCAGCAUCAGCAGCACCACCAGCAGCAACAGCACCAUCAACAAACACCGCAACAUCAGCCUCAAUACACCCACGUCCCCUCAGCCGACUUCUCCAACUAUGCAGCUAGCGGCUUCUACGGCGACGCCUCCACGUCGACAGGUAACCACGAUCUUGGCUUUGGUCAACAGACCAAUCUUCCGGUCGACGCCAACCAGGCCGCUUGGUCCCAGACUAUGUCGCCCAAUAGUAACCAAGGCAUGUUUGGUGCCGAUCCACACCAGCAUCAUCGCCACCAUCAGCAACAGCAGCCUGGAUCCCAACAACAACAGCAACAACAGCCACAGCAACAACAACAACAGCAGCAGCAACAACAACAACAGACGCCACAAUUCAACUACGCAGCUCAACAUUUCGGUCACUUCAACCCGCAACAAUUGGCGGCGCUACCACAAGAGAUUCAGGCUCCUCGGCCCGCCUGGUGA